GGUCGUUGGUAAAUUUUUAGAAAUAUUUACAAGCGGUGCUUGAUCAAGUUUAGUGUCUGAGAGAAGUGAAAAACAUCAAAAUGUCGGCGAUAUCGUUAUCGUCGCCCACCAUGAGCGACAAGACCCUGCUGCUGAGCGUCGAGGACCUCAUCUCCAUGGCCAUGGGCCCCAGAGAGAAAAAUACAGUGAACUUCAAGAUGAUCCAGACUGUUCUGCACAUCUUGGCUCGUCAGUUGCGCGUGCUGGAGCAAAAAGUGGUGUUAGUGGCUGGCGACCUGCCCGUGCUACGGCCAAAACUGGGCCGCCGAGGCAGACGAGACGACGAACAGGUGUACCAUCGCGGGACGCCGCCUCAAUUCAAAACUGAAGAAGAACGGAUCGCGUGGGAGAAAGAACAAGAUGAACUAGAAGCACAAUCUAGAGCCAGAGCAGAAUCUAGACGGAGAAAGAGCAGGGGCUCCUUAGAUUUUGACGAAGAGGAGGAUGAGUACGAUAGGCCUGGGGCGGGGCGUGGCCGUCGUGAUGGCGAACCAGGGGGCCGGGGCAGGUCAGGACGAGGGCGCGAUAGAUAUGACGAUGAACGCGGGGGUCGAGGCAGAUCAGGUGGUAGGGGAGGUACAGAUAGAGAUAGAUCAGGCGGAAGAGGCGGAAGAGAUAGACAUGGUGAGGACGAGGGACGCCGCGAUAGAUCUGGAAGAUACGACGAAGAAAGUGGUAGUUAUGAGUCUGAAGGUAGAGAUGAAGGUGGUCGACGGCGUGGCAGAGGUGGGAGGUACAGCGAUGAAGAUGAAGGGGGAAGAGGGGGUAGAGGUAGAUCAAAGGGGCGUGGCGGUAAGGAUGGGGUCGAGGAGGACGAUGAAGGGGGUAUAGGUAGAUCACGAGGACGUGGCGGCAGGGAUAGGGACGAGGAAGACGAUGAAGGGGGUAGAGGUAGAUCAAGAGGACGUGGCGGUAAAGAUAGAGACGGGGAAGGGGGAAAGGAUAGGACAGGAAAGCGAGGUGGACGGGAAGACGAAGGAAGCUCUGAAGGGGAAGGGAGAGGGAGUAGAGGACGAGACGGACGGGGGAGAGAUGGCGGACGUGAUGGAAGAGGUAGAGAUGAUGGGAAAGAUGAUGCGGAACGCGGAGGCAAGCAGGGCAUUGGAGUUCGUGGUGAGCAAGAUUUUUUUAACAGUUCUAAUUUUUUUUUAAACUUAGUAAAUGUUUACGCACCUAUCUUUAUUUCAACAGAAAUCCAAGGACCAGGAAAAGAAAAAGUGCUUGUUGUUGAAAAAGGACCAACUACUGUUGGAUCGAGGCGCGAUCGAGACAGCAUCGCCGUGGUGACGCAGUCGCAGUUCGAGCUGCUCGAAGCGCAAGUGGAGGAGCUGCUGCGUGCCGCGGGGCCGCUGCCGGAGCUCACCAUGCCUGACAACAAGCGGUUACGGCAGGACCUGGCCGCCGGCGCCUCGCUCACCGACGCCAUGCAGGCCAUGCAGGUGUCAGCGCGCGUGCAAGCCGCGGAGCAGGCCAUCAUGAAGCUGGGCGGGCUGCUGACGCAGCUCGCUGCCAGCGGGGCGCUGCCGCCCGACGCUGCCGGGGCUGUCAUGGCGGGCGGCUGGGCGGACGACGACGAGGCGCUGAUAAAAUCAACAAAUUUGGGCACGGACACGGGCUACCAGUCGGUCCGUAUCGACCCCUUGGCCAAAGAUGUGCCUGGACACGAACAGGCUGGGAAGACGCCGCCAGGAGGGACGGGGGUUCCAUCGAAGGACAGCAUUUCCGCCGCCGGCAAGUUCGUCACCAAACCGGAGCUGGGCUCCGCACUGACGAAGUUUCGUGAUGAAGUGACAAAGUCUCUGCAAACACAAAUCGAAAAAGCUGCCACGACUGCCGAGAAUGCCGAGAAGACGGCCAAGACCGUCGGCGAGAAGAUGGAGGAGCUCCUGAAGAUGGACUCGCGGCUGACGGCACUGCACUCCACGGUCGAGGACUACACCGAGCAGCUGAACGGCUUCGACGCUGGUCUCACCACCCAGAUGGCCAGUUUCAAGGAGCAGAUGGCGACGAUGCGCGCCGAGCUGCAGGGAGGCCUGGAGCAGCUGGAGGUCGGCAACAGUAACCCUGAGACUGCUGCGGUGAUGGAGUUGAACGAGCGUUUCGAGGACCUGGUGCGAGGCCUGGACGAGACCUUACUGCAGCACACGACGCUCUCCAACAUGCAGCACCAGCUCACCCUGGAGCUCAAGACGUUGGUGGAGGGCGUCGAGAUGCUGCGGGAACAGAAGGCUGACCGCGAUGAACUGCUCGAUAUUCUGCGAGACAAGGCGGACAUCAGCAUGUUGGAAGGGCUGGUGCGACAGGAGGAGUUCGACAGAGCGCAAGCGGAUCUGGAGCAGCGCGUUGAUCAGUGCAACGACAAGUUUAAGAUGCAGGACGAAGUCUGGAUGGAAGCAAUAAAGGACCUUCGCGAGCUGGCGGACACGAAAGCUCAGCUAACGGACCUGUUAAAGAUCCGGGACGAGGCUACAACACAGGUCCAGUCCAUUGAUGAGAGAAUCAACCGACUCGCUCUCAUACUUGGAGAGCCCAAGGCGGCAAUGUUGAUGCGUAAGCUGGCGCGCGAUGCCGUGUGCGGCUCGUGCCUGGCGCCGGCCAUGAUGCACCCGGGGGCGGACGCGCUGCCCCCCGCCCUGCCCCCCGCCCUGCCCCCCGCCCGCGGCCCCGCGCCGCCGCCCUGCCCGCCCGAGCCCAGGGCGCUCCACUACCCCGACUUCAGAACGCACAAAUGCCACCGCUGGGUGGGCGGCUCCCACACGUUGCUGCCGGCCGGUCGCGUGCACGCCGCGCCCCUCGACCUGCCCGACGUCACCAGCAAGUACACCGGCUACGGCGACGACGGACGGCUAUACUGGUUGGAGCGUCAAAUGGAAGCGUGCGUGGAGUGUAACCCUGAGCCGGCGCCCGCGCCGCCCGGCACCGCACGCACCGACGUCGGCGCUGCGGGCGCGGGAGGGGGCGGGGCGGGCGCGGGAGGGGACGCGGCGCCGGCGCCGGCGCCGGGGGACUGCGCCUGCUGA